UAUGAGCAAAGGGAAAGGACCAAUUCGUAAUAUUCCCACAAUCCCAUCAUCCCACGAUUCUCAACCAUCCACAAUCCCAUAACCUCCACACCCAUACGCACGUUUUCUUCAAAUCCUGUUACAACCAUCUCAAUCCCACAAUCAUACGCACGUUUCCCUCAAAUCCGUUGCAACCACCCCAUAAAUACCUCUCGAAAAAAAUCAAACGGAGAGCUUUUUGAAUCUUCAAAACUUAUUCAAAAGAAAAAAUCCACCCGAUUCCGUCGCUUAAAAAAAAAAGAGAGAAAGGUAAAAAAAUUUUUCUCCCUUUUCCGAAAUCAAAGCUCUCUUUCUAUCUCUCGGCUAAAAAAAAUAAUAAAGAAAGAAGGAGAGAAAAGAGAAGCAAAAGGUCUUCUUUCUCUCUCUCUCUCUCUCUCUAUCUCUCUCUCGCGUCGCUCUUCGCCAAUCCCCGUCGCUCCCGAGCUGUCGCUCCUCGUCGACCUCCCCGCCACCAAGGUCGGCCGCUCAGAGGCACCGCGCCGCUAAGGUCGUCUGCUCCGAGGCAUGCCCGCGUCACUCCGAGACGCCUCGGCCCGGGGCGUCACUUCUCGACAAUCUCCGCGCGCAUGGCCGUGGACUUCGCCCCAAACUCCUCUGCGGUCUCCGCGACGGCAUCGACUCCGACGUCACCACGAGUCGCUGUCGCCGCCGCUCCUCGACCUUUUCGCGAGCAUGGCCGCAGAUUCCAACCCAACGGCAUCAACUCCGACAUCACCGCGAGCCGCCACCGCUGCCGUCCUCGACUCGAAGCCGCGGCACCCGCGGCCGAUCUGACUGAAGCCGCCACCGCUGCCGUCCUCGACUCGAAGCCGCGCCACCCGCGGCCGAUCUGCCUGAAGCCGCGCCACCCGCGGCCGAUACUUUCGAAGCCGCGCCACCCGCGGCAGGUCCGCCCGAAGCCACGCAGAGGCUCCGUCGAAGUCGCCAUCACCCGAAGCCGCGCCACCCGUGGCCAAUUCGUCGAUGCGCAUGCCGAGCCGCCGCCCAUGACUCUGUUCGUGAUCUCGGCCGAUCCGUCGACGCCCGCGCGCCGUCGUCGACUUUGAUGGCUCGAACCCGAGGAGUUCCCUCUGAUGCCGUGUCACUCCACCUCGAAGGCCGUAGCCCCGUCGAUGCCGUGCUGCUGUCGUGGCCCUUCACCGCUGCAGAGCGUCGCCGUCACUGCCCUCCUCCGUCGCGGUCUCAGAUCCGCGGCUCCACUGUCGGGUCACAGCCCCAGCGGAGCUCCGGCAUCAACAAAGCCCGCCAGCUGCUCGACGGCGAUCCUGAGAGAGAGAGCGGUGCUCUCCUCUCAAACGGGUUCCGCCCGCCAAGUGCUUGAUGUGCCCGGAGUCCGCCAACCAACCGCUCGAUGGCGAACCUGAGAGAGAGAACGGUGCUCUCCUCUCAAAUGAAGUUAGAUCCGCUCGCCAAGUGCUCGACGGCGAAAUUGAGAGAGAGAGCGGUGCUCUCCUCUCAAAUGAAGUCAAGUCCGCCAACCGCUCCGACGACGAAUCCGAGAGAGAGAGCGGUGCUCUCCUCUCAAACAAAGUUCGCCCGCUAAUUGCUCGGUGGCGAAUCAUAAAGAGAGCGAUGCUCUCAUUUACCGACCAAUCAUUCGACGAAAUACUUCGUCGUCGACGUGCUAAUCAAACCGCUCGAUGGAAUGCCGAGAUGAACAUCGAUGGUGCUCUUCUCUUUGUAAAAAGUAUCAUCAAAAGAGAGAGAGAUAUUACUUCUCCAAUUAUGAAAAUGAGAAAGAGAGAGAGCUUUGUUACUGUUAGGGAGGCAAGGAAGGGAUUUUUCCCACCUUAGUUGUCCCAUGAAUGUAAAAAAAAAAAAAGACAAAAAGAAUUAUGUUGUCUUAUAUUUUCAAAGGAGAUAAAGAGAAAAAAAUGUAUUCUCUUAACUUUCCUCCAAUGAAGAUUAAUAUUCUUUU